UUGGCGCCUCUUGGUUCUCGUUCUCUUGCGCAGAGCCCUCGCCUCGCGGCUCGCCCGGUGAUCUAGCGUGCGUCUGCACGUGCCAGUGUAGCUGUGUGUGUGUGUGUGUGUGUGUGUGUAGUUUGGUGUGGAUCAGGGAUGCCAGGAUAACGCCAGAGUAUCCUGAGUGACGAUCGUGAAUCUAGAACGUGUAGGAUUAAUGCCAAAACCAAACCAGAUCGUGAGUGAUCGUGGGUGAACAAAAACAAUCCUGCUGGAUUAUGUGAGAUUGUGAAUUUGAUUGAGCAAAUAGAAAAAAAAACCCUCGUGUUCUCACGGUGUGUGUGUGCGGGUGUGUGAAUUUAACCAAGAAGCAGCCCAAGUGGCCUAUCACUACCAACAUGAGGAGCAGCUCAGCAUUCGCGUUGCUCGGUGUACUUGUUGCGUUCGGCACGGCGUCGGCGGACAUAUCGACGAUACUGAGAGGUGGCUAUACCGGUGGUAAUAACAUCCUCCAGGAGGAUGGCUAUCACUACGACAAACCGAAGGUCCCGUUCGAGGAACCACCGCGCAAGUGUGCGGUGACGGCCCAGAAUCCGGACGGCAGCUGUGGUUACGAUUAUCCGAAACCGGACCAAUCGUUCACGCUACCGAACGAGUAUCUACCACCGACCACCACGACGCGCCGAACUACGACGACCACACGUCCAACAACGACGACGACGACGACGACAAGACGUCCUACGACAACGACAACACGUCGUACGACGACGACGACCAGGCCAACGACGACGACGCGCAGAAUUGUGACGACCACUAAGUGUCCCCUGUCGGCCCAGAACCCUGAUGGAAGCUGUGGAUACGAUUAUCCGAAACCAGAUCAAAGCUUCACCAUUCCGAACCGAGUUUCGACUACCACUCCAAGGCCAACGACGACAACGCCCCGAAGGACGACGACCACGACUCCGAGGCCAACCACAACGACGACUCGUCGAACAACGCCGUUCACAACGACGAGAACAACGCCGCGCAUCGUAACGACGACCGAGAAGAAGUGUGCCGCAUCGGCACAAAAUCCGGACGGAAGCUGUGGCUAUGAUUAUCCGAAACCGGACCAAUCGUUCACCCUGCCGAACCGUGUGCCGACCACAACGACAACGCGGCGAACAACGACGACCACGCGCAGGACAACACCGCCUCAAGAGUAUCUACCACCGACCACUACCACCAGGCGAACGACGACGCGCCCCACAACGACGACUACAAGGCGCACGACGACUACCACUAGGCCAACGACGACGACAACCAGGCGCACGACGACGCCGAGAAUCGUAACGACUACCAAGUGUCCGCCAUCGGCUCAGAAUCCUGAUGGAAGCUGUGGAUAUGAUUACCCGAAACCAGAUCAGUCCUUUACGCUCCCGAGCCGUGUCUCAACAACAACUACUCGUCCAACGACGACUACUCGCCGGACGACCACGACAAGAAGAACAACUCCGUCACAAGAAUAUUUGCCUCCAACGACAACUACCAGAAGAACAACCACCACAACACGACCUACUACAACGACUACGAGACGCACAACAACUACAACUAGACCAACGACGACCACUACCAGAAGGACAACAACUCCACGGAUAGUGACCACCACCAAGUGUGCGCCAUCGGAGCAAAACCCUGACGGAAGCUGUGGAUAUGAUUAUCCGAAACCAGAUCAAUCGUUCACACUACCUAACCGAGUGUCAACGACCACGACAACGCGUAGACCUACGACAACGACGCGUCGUACAACAACCACGACUCCCAGGACUACGCCGGCUCAGGAAUAUCUUCCUCCAACAACAACUACCCGUCGUACCACUACGACCACACGCCCUCCUACGACCACUCGAAGGACGACAACUACCACACGUCCAACGACGCGCAUAACUCCACGUAUCGUAACGACGACAAAGUGUCCUCCUUCAGCUCAGAAUCCAGAUGGAAGCUGUGGAUAUGACUACCCAAAACCGGACCAGUCCUUUACACUACCGAACCGUGUGUCCACCACCACUACAAGGCCUACUACAACAACACGUCGUACCACUACCACUACAAGACCGACGACUACUACCACGCGUCGUACCACGACAACUACACGUCCUACUACGACGACUACUCGGAGAACUACUACAACAACGCGUCCAACAACGCGCACCACUCCGCGUAUCGUAACGACGACCAAGUGUCCGCCAUCGGCUCAGAAUCCUGAUGGAAGCUGUGGAUAUGACUAUCCGAAACCAGAUCAGUCCUUUACGCUUCCGAACAGAGUGUCUACCACUACUCCACGGACUACUACGACUACACGCCGAACGACAACCACCACGCGCAGGACAACACCUUCUCAAGAGUAUCUACCACCAACCACGACCACGCGUCGGACAACAACGAGACCCACGACCACGACUACCCGUCGAACCACCACGACCACUCGGCCAACCACACGCACUACCCAGCGCAUCAUAACCACAACGAAGUGUCCUAUUUCGGCUCAGAAUCCAGAUGGAAGCUGUGGAUAUGAUUACCCGAAACCGGAUCAAUCCUUCACGCUACCCAACCGUGUGUCCACCACCACUACAAGGCCUACUACAACAACACGUCGUACCACUACCACUACAAGACCGACGACUACUACCACGCGUCGUACCACGACAACUACACGUCCUACUACGACGACUACUCGGAGAACUACUACAACAACGCGUCCAACAACGCGCACCACUCCGCGUAUCGUAACGACGACCAAGUGUCCGCCAUCGGCCCAGAAUCCGGAUGGAAGCUGUGGAUAUGACUACCCGAAACCAGAUCAGUCCUUUACGCUUCCGAACAGAGUGUCUACCACUACUCCACGGACUACUACGACUACACGCCGAACGACAACCACCACGCGCAGGACAACACCUUCUCAAGAGUAUCUACCACCAACCACGACCACGCGUCGGACAACAACGAGACCCACGACCACGACUACCCGUCGAACCACCACGACCACUCGGCCAACCACACGCACUACCCAGCGCAUCAUAACCACCACGAAGUGUCCAAUUUUGGCUCAGAAUCCAGAUGGAAGCUGUGGAUAUGACUACCCGAAACCGGAUCAGUCCUUUACACUACCGAACCGUGUGUCAACCACUACUACAAGGCCUACUACAACAACACGUCGUACCACUACCACUACAAGACCGACGACUACUACCACGCGUCGUACCACGACAACUACACGUCCUACUACGACGACUACUCGGAGAACUACUACAACAACGCGUCCAACAACGCGCACCACUCCGCGUAUCGUAACGACGACCAAGUGUCCGCCAUCGGCCCAGAAUCCUGAUGGAAGCUGUGGAUAUGACUACCCGAAACCAGAUCAGUCCUUUACGCUUCCGAACAGAGUGUCUACCACUACUCCACGGACUACUACGACUACACGCCGAACGACAACCACCACGCGCAGGACAACACCUUCUCAAGAGUAUCUACCACCAACCACGACCACGCGUCGGACAACAACGAGACCCACGACCACGACUACCCGUCGAACCACCACGACCACUCGGCCAACCACACGCACUACCCAGCGCAUCAUAACCACCACGAAGUGUCCAAUUUUGGCUCAGAAUCCAGAUGGAAGCUGUGGAUAUGACUACCCGAAACCGGAUCAAUCCUUUACGCUUCCGAACCGAGUUUCAACAACUACUACUCGACGUCCGACAACUACCACACCUCGUCCUACGACUACUACCACGCGGACGACCACACGUCGGACGACACCACCGCAGGAGUAUCUGCCGCCAGUGACGACAACAACCACAAGGCGUACCACCCCGAGACCGACGACAACAACGCCCCGGCCAACAACCACCACCCGUCGUCCAACGACGACGACAACGGAGAAGGGUUGUAACGGAGCGGAGCUGAACCCUGACGGCAGCUGUGGCUACGAUUAUCCGAAGCCACCGAAUCCACUCACACUGCCACCAAAGACAACGACAACUGUGCGGACGACUCCUGCUCCCGAGUACCUACCACCGGAGGAAUCGACCGGCUACUCGUACCCAAAACCUGCCAUACCGUUUAACUUCUAGAAGCACUCAAUACCAAUUCCCUCAUCGAUUCUCCCCAAGAGUCACUGCCCACCCUCUACCAUACUCACUCCAGUAACAAAGAGCUCCCAGUAGUAGGUUAGUUUAGUUAGGAUCUAUCUAUCUACUUUCUAUAUCUUUCUCUCUCUAUUAAUCUUAUUCUCAUCCAACAUCUCAUCUACUGCACCUUGUAUGUCCUGAAAAAGGAACUCAAAUACUCAUGAAAUCAAAUGGUUCGAAGUAGAAUAAGAACUCUCGAUUGACAAGAUGGUCGACACUCCAGUCCGACACCGAGGUCGACACUCCAGUAGGGAGUCCAGUGAUGGCAGGGUAUAAAGUCAACCAUCAGAUUACAAGCGAUUAAAGACAGCCAUUAGUCUCAGGCUCAGAUGAUCGUACGCUGCGUUGUGUUCGUUCGAUUGUAUGCAGAAGUCCCAGUCGCUACGGCUCGGGAGAGAUUGAGUCACGGUACUGCGUGUGUGACUUCAUUGACAAAAACGUUGUGAAUAGUCUAUAGUAGGUGUAAGAGUAUGUUUUUGAAUAAAUAGACGAAGA